AUGACUCCCACUACAAUUACAAACAAAGUGUUACACGUUGAUACAACACUCAGUCACCUCAACACUACAACCACUGUGGUCAAAGCAACCAAUCUCCAUCAAACGACUCAAGUGACUUGUCAUCCUAUAACCAUGAGCCUACGAGGUUAUUACACGUUCAUUCUUUCCGUGUUUUACACUCUUUGUCAGGUCGUAUUCCAUACCCUGACUGAAGAAGUCUUUUCAAUGUUUAAUACAGGAGAAUUGAAUGCCAUGAUUUUGGAUGAAGGAGUGGAAUGGUCCAACUUGAUUCCAAACACUCCUAGCUAUGAGAAAUUGGGAGCGAUAGCAGAGUCAAAAACAGAGACCAAAAGUCCAAGAAAACGACAACUCUUAGACUUUUCCCAACACAAAUACUAUGAAUUCAAAUAUCCUGAUGGGAUAUAA